UAUAAACACACGUGAGUGCCCGCCCACAAGUCCUCUUCACACUGAAUCCAUCAUUCAGGAUGAGUCGCUGCAGCAGCAAAACACGGUGUAUUUGACCUCUGAACUUCACAAUGUGUUCAAUUCCCGGCCUUCCAACGCCAGGAUCAGAAAUACCUGUUGUCAUCACAAGGGUAAACAGAAACCCCGAUAGUGGUCUUGUGGAAUUAUGGGUCAACAUGGAUGAUGGAAGGAAGCAUAUCUAUGAGCAGAUGAGAGAGGAAAUUCAGAUUCCUAAAAGGAAGUUUUGUGGAUCAGAAGGAAAACCAGGCGAUCUCUGUCUGGUUUGUAUCAGUGACACCUGGCACAGAGCUCGGAUUGUAUCGAGUCAAAGUGAAACUUGCAAUGUUUUUCUAAUUGAUCAGGGACAGCCCCAUAUCGCCUCAAGUGAAGCUUUAGCAUGGGGCCAGAGUGACAGUUUUCUCCUUCCUCCUGAAACUGAAUCGUGCAUACUCGCAAAUGUCCUCUCCCUUGAGGAUGAAAGUGCUACCAAGUUUUUGGUGUCUCUGCCUGGCAAAAAGAUUAAGGGACUGGUUCAAUACGUGCUGAUGCCAGACAGGACCAUUCUCCUUGACAUACCAUCUGUUUCCAAGCACAUGUGUGAGACUGGAGUGGCAAAGGAGAUGCCAGUAGACGAGUUUAAAAGCCUUGUGCAGAAAUGUCUUGAGGCCGAACGCAUAACGCAGGAACAGAAUCUGAAUGGUAGUUGCCAACUGGAGAAGCAUGACCAAUUCUUUUACCCAGAACUGUUAAUUGAUUCUUUUGAAACUGUUCAUGUGACAGAGGUAACUAAUCCGUAUAACAUUUUUUGCCAAGUCCACAUUUUUUCCAAGGCAGUUAAGAUAUUAUCAGAACAGAUCCAGCAGCACUAUGAAGGGAGCUCAGAUUUAGGAGACACACAACCUUUGACCUGCGGGUAUCCAUGUGCUGCUAGAGGGAUGGACGGCAGAUGGCAUCGCUCAUUACUAAAGCAAAACAUGACUAGCGAUGGUGCUGUAGAAGUCUUUCAUGUGGAUGAAGGAAAAAGUGAUUUUGUCCCGAUUGGAGACAUCAGACCUCUGCAUGGAAAAUUUCUGAGAAUGCCAGUUGUCACGUAUCCCUGUUCUCUUGAAGAUGUAAAAGAUAACGGCACAGGGUGGACAACAGACCAGACUGAUUACUUGAAAUCACUGCUCCUGAACCAGACAAUGGUGGCGAAGUUUAACGACUACGAUAUACCUCAAGAUGUCUAUCAUGUCAUUCUCUAUGCAGAUAAUGGUUCAUGCAUAAACAAUUAUUUUACAGAGAAAGAAGGACCUCUUUCACCCUCCAAGACUGAACAAGAUUCAAAUGUCCAGAAUGAACUCCUUCUCUCCUCAUUUGUCAGUUCAACCAGAGGCGAACAUUGCAUUGACUUACAGAACAAAGUCAUUGUAAAUAGUGAUGGUUCGCUAGAGGACACUUUGUCGUGCACCGAGAACCUAGCAGUCAAUGGCAGGACAGAUGAUGUACCCACUUCUGGAGCUGAUGAUACUCCUAUCAAAGAGAGUUCAGAACAUCCAGACACUCCAGUACAGAUCAAUGGGCAUCUUUCAACAAAUUUCCUCUUUGAGGUGCAAAAUGCUUGUGAUGAUGAUAUGUUUACAGUAGGAAGUACUGUCAAUGUAAAAGUCUCUUUCAUUGAAAGUCUAGAGAGGUUCUGGUGUCAAACAACGGAAAAUGGUGACUCUCUUAGACUCCUGAUGGAAGACCUGCAAAACCACUAUGCAUCUGCCCACCCUCAGCCACUUGUUGAGUCCAUCUGUGUCGCCCGUAAUCCAGACAAUGACAUGUGGUAUAGAGCAAGGAUCGUGGCAAGUCACCACUCCCCUGUUGUAGAUGUGAGAUUUAUAGACUAUGGUCAAACUGGAACGGUCCCUCUGCGAGAUGUGCGCCCCAUUGAUCCAGCUUUCUUACGGCUAAAUGCCCAGGCUUUUCAGUGUUGCUUUGACAAUCAGAAGAAUUCCACCGAUGCUGCAGAGUUUCAAAAGUUUGUGGAUUUGGGUGCUUCGUCAAACAUUGAGUUGAAAUGCACUAUAGAGGAUAUAACAUCUGAUGAAGAAGGUCUGCUGCUUAAUGUGGUAGAUAUUGAAACACCAUCCAACAGUACAUGCAAGCUUCUGAUUCAGGAAUGUGCACAGGCUGCUGAAGAUCUUGUUGAAAUUCCUCCACAGGUCCCAUCAGAUGCAUACAAUUACUCCACACACAAUAUUGAUGUGGAUGGAAAAGAAAAAGUGUGGGUAACCUACGCAGAGAAUGUCAAUCAAUUCUACUGCCAACUGGACAGGAAUGUCCAUUUGUUUGACAAAGUCAUGGAAAAUGUUAAACAACUAACUGGCCAGCCACAGUGCACAGAUCACCCACUUGGACGUGAUAGCAUUUGCUUUGCUCGGUACACAGAUAGUCAGUGGUACAGAGGUCAAGUAGAAGAAAUGUCUCCAAAACUUAAAGUGCACUUUGUGGACUUUGGUCAUACCGUUGAAGUGAAUGAAUCUGAGAUUUGCCCUUUUCCUACUGAAGCAAGUACAGCCAGGUCUGUUCCUGUGCAGGCUGUUCCACUUGGAUUGUUUGAUGUCCCUGCAGAAGUGCCAGAGGGAGUGAACAAGUGGUUUGCAGAUAGUGCUAUUGGCCAAAGUUUCACCAUUUCAGUGGUAGCAAAAGGGGAAAAAGGGAAGCUAAUUGUUGAACUAUUUGAUGGACCUCUGAAUGUAAAUGUGAAAGUCAGAGAGGCAGUAUCAAAGAUGACCCAACAAAGGGUGACUGUCUCUGCACCAGAGAUUGAAACGACUUUGGAUGAAGAAAGAAAACCAACUUCGGACGUCAUUAUUAUGGACAAAGAAAUAGAAGGUGGCCACAUUGACUCAGAAAUUACACACCUUUCACUUCCUUCUAGCCCUGAGGGAAAUGUGAACGUCUGCAUGUACAAGUGGCCAAACAUUUCUCAAAACAAGACGGAACAGGUAUAUGCAUCCUGCAUUGUUGGACCAUAUUUCUUCUGGUGUCAGUACGCCAAUGCAGAGGAACUCAGCAAAGUGUCGAGGCUUGCUCAGGAAGCAGGACAGACUGAACAGGACAUGAUGUUCCCAGAGACUCUUGGUCCUGGCAGUCCAUGCCUUGCUCUGUUUUCCAGUGACAACCAGUGGUAUCGGGCUCAAGUAAUUAGCAGAGAUGACAAUGCAUUCAAUGUCAUGUUUAUCGACUAUGGAAAUGAGUCUGAUGUUGACAUCAAGAAUGUGAGAUCACUGCCUCAGAGUCUGCUGGAGAAGGCACCUCUGGCCUUUUUGUGCUCUUUGAAUGGAUUUGAUAAGUCCAGGGGCUCCUGGGAUGAUGAAGUUCAUGAUGACUUCUACAAUCUUCUCAUUGAUAAACCACUCAGAGUGACUGUGUUCAACAUGGAAGACCAUUCAGAGAUUGUGGUUCCUCAAUAUACGGUAGAAAUUGAGUGUGAGGGAGCGGUUGUAAAUGCAGCAAUGCAGAAGUACUGGAAACAAGUUGCCAAAGAACGUGUUUCCAUAGAAUACCCUGAAACAGAAACUUUCCUCCAAGAUGGUCAAACUGAGUCCAACAUGACACACCUCACUGUUUCCAAAGGAAAUGCGAAUACUUGCAUGUACAAGAAGCCAAACCUCUCCGAAAACAAAAAGGAGGACGUAUAUGCUUCUUCUAUUGCGCAACCCCAUUUCUUCUGGUGUCAGUACGCCAACACAGAGGAGCUCAGCAAAGUUACAAGGCUUGCUCAGGAAGCAGGUCUGAAUGAACAGGACAUGAUGUUCCCAGAGACUCUUGGUCCUGGCAGUCCAUGCCUUGCUCUGUUUUCCAGUGACAACCAGUGGUAUCGAGCUCAAAUAAUUAGCAGAGUUGACGAUGCAUUGAAUGUCUUGUUUAUUGACUAUGGAAAUGAGUCUGAUGUUGACAUCAAGAAUGUGAGAUCACUGCCUCCGAGUCUGCUGGAGAAGGCUCCUCUGGCUUUUUUGUGCUCUUUGAAUGGAUUUGAUGAAUCCAGGGGCUCCUGGGAUGAUGAAGUUUACGAUGCCUUCUACAAUCUCUUGGUCGAUAAACCACUCACAGUGACUGUGUUCAAUAUGGAAGACCAUUCAGAGAUUGUGGUUCCUCAGUAUGCAGUGGAAAUUGAGUGUGAGGGAGCAGUUGUAAAUGCAGAAAUGCAGAAAUACUGGAAACCAAUUGCCAAAGAGCGUGUUUCGAUAGAACACCCUGAAACAGAAACUUUCCUCCAAGAUAGUCAAACUGAGUCCAGCAUGACACACCUUAGUAUUUCCAACGGAAAUGUGAAUACCUGCAAGUACAAGAAGCCAAACCUCUCUGAAAACAAAAAGGAGGAGGUAUACGCUUCUUCUAUUGUGGAACCCCAUUUCUUCUGGUGUCAGUACGCCAACACAGAGGAGAUAAGCAAAGUGUCGAGGCUUGCUCAGGAAGCAGGACAGACCCAACAAGACACGAUGUUCCCAGAGACUCUUGGUGCUGGCAGUCCAUGCCUUGCUCUGUUUUCCAGUGACAACCAGUGGUAUCGAGCUCAAAUAAUUAGCAGAGUUGACGAUGCAUUGAAUGUCUUGUUUAUUGACUAUGGAAAUGAGUCUGAUGUUGACAUCAAGAAUGUGAGAUCACUGCCUCCGAGUCUGCUGGAGAAGGCUCCUCUGGCCUUUUUGUGCUCUUUGAAUGGAUUUGAUAAGUCCAGGGGCUCCUGGAUUGAUGAAGUUUAUGAUGAUUUCUUCAAUCUUCUGGUUAAUAAACCACUCAGAGUGACAGUGUUCAACAUGGAAGACCAUACAGAGGCUGCAGUUCCUCAAUAUGCAGUGGAGGUUGAACAUGAGGGAGCGGUUGUGAAUACACUGAUGGAGAAAUACUGGAAAGGAGUGGACAGUGGAUCAGUGACCCAGGACGAUGAGGAGUGUUGAGGUUUAACGUCAUCAAAAAGACGUUGAAUGAAUGCUCUGGACCUAGAUGAAACCCAGUCGUGACGGAGCAGCCUUGACUUUAACUAAAAAUACAUGUUUGUCUUGUUAGAAAUUUUAUUUUACAAACUAAGUGAAAGGAAGUUUGCCAUGUGCUUAAUUUGUGCCAAUAAACAUAUAGAUCUUGCAUGGA